GCCGCCCACGCCGCCAUGGCGCUCUACAACAACGGCGCCGACGUGCCGUCCCCGCCGGAGGCCUCCAACGGCUUCUCCCAAGCCGGCGCCUCGGGCACGUGGCACAAGGGCGAGGAGGAGGCGCGGCUGGCGGAGCCCAGCCUGGUGAAGAAGGCUCACCGCGAAAUCCUGGACCACGAGCGCAAGCGGCGCGUGGAGCUCAAGUGCAUGGAGCUGCAGGAGAUGAUGGAAGAGCAAGGGUAUUCCGAGGAGGAGAUCCGGCAGAAAGUGGGGACCUUCCGGCAAAUGCUGAUGGAGAAGGAAGGCGUGCUCACCCGGGAGGACCAGCACGGGCGCCAAAUAGUGAUCGAAAACCACCACGCGGGCGACGGGGAGGAGUACGGCAGCGAGUACCAAGAGUACGGCGGGGGGGCAGCUGCAGCCUGUGCCACGAGCAGGGCGGCCGGCUCCGUCCCGACCGCGUGCGCUUUCUUCCGCAGGCUGAAGCGACGGUCAAGCAGCUCCACGUCUCCCCCACCCAAGAAGAAAAAGAAAAAGAAAUCGGGGCACCGCCGGAGCCGCAAAAAGAGGAAACCUGGCUCGGAGCGCAGCUGUGACAGCUCUUCGCCAAUCCGCAAGGAGAAGAAAAAGAAGGCUGGAAAGAAGCACAGACGUGACAGGUCUGAGUCCGGAUCUCGGAAGAAGCGAAGACACAGGUCCAGGAGCCCCAAGAACAAAAGAAAAGAGAAAAAUAAAGAGCGCAAGAGGUCCCACAGCGGGUCCCCGGCCUGGCGGUUGCACAGACGCAGCAGCUGCAGCUCCCACAGCGCUUCGCUCUCCUCCGAUUACAGCAACUCCAAAUCCCCCAGCAGGCUGAGCCCCAAGCACCGCGAGGACGGCCCCAAGGGCAGCAGCCGCAGGAUGUACGUACGCUUUUCUUGGAUCACGGUUCGCUUCCCCGACUGCUUCCCUCCCCUCCUGCCGCAGCAGGACCCCUGGCUCUCCUCUCCCGCCUCAUCUCCUCUCCCUUCUCCGGUCACUUUGCUCCAAGCUCGCGGCACCCGGCUGGCCGGACCAGCCUCGCCGCCCCGCCACCGGGGCCAGAGCAAGGCCAGGACCGCAGCCCCCCGCGAGGCGUCGCCGCCGCCGCUCAGCCCCACGGGCUACAGCAGCGACUCGGAGGGCUCGGCGUGCUCGCACCCCUACCACCCGCCGCCCGGCGCUGAGAAGAACCACGGCGCUCACGCCAAGAAGGUGAAAGAGAGACACCAUCGGGGCAGGCCAAACAGCAGCUCGGAGUCAUCGGCCAAGCACUCCCGGCACACGUCUGAGCGGAAGAAGAGCCUGUCCCACAGCACGGGGCACAGGAGCAGCUCCUGGAGCUCCAGCGGCUCCCUGUCCAAGUCCCGCUCCCGUUCCCGGGAGAAGCGAGCAGCACGGAGCAGGACCCGGUCUCCAUCGCAGAAAAAAACUGCGAGCAGAGAGAAGGACAAUGAGCCCCGAACACGCCACAGUGACCCUGAUCCUGCCCGGGCCAGGCGUCGCUCCAGAAGCUAUUCUCCCAUCAGGAAGAGGAGACGUGACUCUCCCAGUUUCAUGGAACCCAGGAGGAUUACAAGGCCCAAGUACCCCGAGAGCCACCGACGAACAAAGAUCGCGGCCACGGCCAGCACGGCCUGUCCCGGCACCGAGGCACAGCCUGUCUCCAGAGCCAGGUGCGAGGAGGAGCCCAGCGUUGCCUUCGGCCUCGCCAGGCUGUUCCCAGGUGGGAGGCCUAAAGACGAUGCCGAUGAGCCUCCUUUGGUGGAGAGAGCAGCUGCCCGGAUUAACCCAUUGCCCCCAGAUGGAAAGCUGGGCUUUGUCAAUCCCUCUUGA